AAUUUCUAUUCCCGAUCAGCCUAGAUAGCCGUGUAGUGGCGGUAGCAGUUACCUCAACUGGCUAAGAAUAUCACUACGGAUUGCCUAAUCCGGUGGUAAAAGUCCACCAAACAAGCGACCCCUAAUUCAUGGUGUUAAGCGUACCGUGCCUAGGAAUGAAUGGUUAGGGGGGUCUAAUAAAAACUUAACCGUGAACGGAGCCUGUGGAGUACCAGGGCACCCUCCACAGUAUGUUGCCCUUACUGUGUUAAACGGAGCAAUGACGCAGUGGACCUUAUUUGUCUCCGGGAUAAUCGGCCACUUUUCUUUCGUCUCAAUUCCGAGGCUUAAUAAAAGUGGGUAAAUGAAUUUUUUUUUUAUGGCAGGAAUUAAGUUCGUACAGGUAAACCUUCAUCACGCAAAAGGUGCUUCUGCUGUGUUGAGUCGAAGGUUUAAAAAAGAAGGACUGGAAGUGGCGCUUAUUCAAGAGCCGUGGUCCAACAAACGAAAGAUUCUUGGUGUUCUGACACAAAAUAGUAAACUAUUUUAUGAUGAGCAACAAGAUUCUCCCAGAACCGCUGUCUUAGUACGCAAAACGUUAAAAUGCUAUCCUAUUACAGAGUUUAUCAGAAAGGACAUUGUUGCGGUCAUGGUAGAGGUACCAACCACUAGAGGUAAAACUGAGAUCGCUGUGGCUUCAGCUUACUUUCCUGGUGAUGUUCCUGAGGCACCUCCUCCUGAGAUCGCAUCAUUUGUCCAAUUCUGUAAAGAAAACAACAAAUCGUUUAUCAUUGGCUGUGACGCCAAUGCGCAUCACACGAUUUGGGGUAGUACGGAUAUUAACAGUCGAGGUGAGUCACUAUUAGAGUAUCUGUCUUCCAACAAUAUAGACAUUUGCAAUAAUGGUGAUAAACCUACUUUCUCAAAUGUAAUCAGACAAGAGGUCUUGGAUCUAACACUGUGCAAUGCUGCAAUCUUUGACAAGAUCACAAACUGGCACGUGUCAGAUGAGAUUUCUCUAUCUGAUCAUAAACACAUAAUCUUCAAUUGGAGUGGUGGAGAUUACUCUAGAACCGCAUUUAGAAAUCCCAGGAGGACAAACUGGGAUCAAUAUGUAGAAUUGUUGAAUACGCAUUCAUUUACAAUGGGAGAACCUAUUGAUUCAACCCAAAAGUUGGAAUCAUUUUCUCAAAGGGUAAAUGAAAGUAUCAUCAAUUCCUUUAACGGAAGUUGUCCCACCAUACAAUCGUCUUCUACUAGAGACGUGCCAUGGUGGAACUUUAAACUGGAUCGCCUUAGAAAAUUUUCUCGUAAAAUGUUCAAUAGAGCGAAACAAGCGGGAGAUUGGACUCAGUACAGGAAAGCCCUGACUGAGUACAACAACGAAAUACGAAAAUCUAAAAGAAAGUCUUGGAUGCUGACAUGUGAAAACAUAAACAGCACUCCUGUAGUUGCAAGACUACAGAAAACGCUCGCAAAAGAUCAUUCAAAUGAAUUGGGAAACCUGAAGCGCGACGAUGGAGCUUUUACCAAAACUCCUCGUGAAACUUUGGAUUUGAUGAUGGAAACCCAUUUCCGGGUUCGGUUCUAGGUGUG